CUCAGAGUCCCUACUACAAUUCAAUUAAGAACAACUGCGUAAUUGAAUAGAUACCUUAAAAUGCGUCUAAAUGAGCAUUCUCACUUCCUGCUUUACUUGUACCACGACGAUGCCAGAGAGUAAACAUAUAGGGACAAUCUUUCUAUUAGGUAUUUGCGUUACAAGCGCCAUUCGUAAUUUAAAAGAAGGGCCAAUGAUAGGGCCAGAUUCUAGACAGUACAAAAUUAAAUCUUUACCAAAUGAGGAUCAUACAAACGAUUUUACAGACGUGCCCUCGAGCAGAGCUGCACCUGUGCAGGUGCUUUGCACUGAGCGAAGCAUGAUUUUGCUCAUCAGUGCGGACCUUAACUCUAACGGCCGUCCUGUCACUUCUGGAGAAUUGAGCCUAGGUGGGUCAACCGAAAGCUGCAAACCCUCUCAGUACAGUGAUACUGAAUAUGUGAUUAAAGCAGAUUUGCACCAGUGUGGCUCAGAGUUAACGAUUGAUGGAGAUCAUUUAAUUUAUUCAAACCAGCUGAUCUACACCCCAAUGCAAAACAGCUUCGGUAUCGUAAGGACAAGCAGCAUUUCUAUUCCUAUUGAAUGUCACUACAAGAGGAUUCACUUCGUAAGCAGUAUUGAUAUGAAGCCUUCCUGGGAGCCAUUUACAUCUACUAAAUCUGCUGUGGAAUUGAUCGGUUUUUCUUUUCGUCUUAUGAAUAAUGACUGGAGGACUAAAAGGUCAUUCUAUAUGUACCACCUUGGGGAAGUCAUGAAUAUUCAGGCUUCUUUCUUAAUGGCUGGGCAUUCUCCAUUGAGACUAGUAAUGGAAAAUUGUGUGGUCACUCUGGAGCCUAAUGCUGCAUCAGUGCCCCGCUACAUGUUUGUUCAGAACAAUGGAUGUCUUAUUGACUCUAAAGUGCCAGAAUCCAGUGCCCGUUUCAUGCCCAGAAAACAAAAUAAUGUGCUUCAGAUGCAGAUGGAUGCUUUCCGUUUCCAUGAAGACCACCGAAACGCUAUAUAUAUUACAUGCCAGCUGAAAAUUGUUGAUCUGGAGGUGAAUAUCAUGAACAAAGCCUGUACCUAUUCUGUAAACAGGUGGCUCAGUGUGGAUGGUCGGGAUGAGGUCUGUAAAUGCUGUGAGAAUACUUGUGAUGUCAUCAGCCAGAAACAAACUGGAAAAUGGAGUAGACUACCAAAGUGGUCAGUCAGUAGAGAUUCAACAGAGUCCAACACUGUGAUGCUUGGUCCUAUAACAGUUCUUGGCUAAAUUUUUGUGCAAUUAAUGAAAAAUAAAAACUGUUGUUUGUCAUUC